AUGCCCAAUGAGGAGGAUGGUUUAAAGCCAAAACAGCAAAGGCUUCGAGUUGCUUUACUAGUCGGUAUACUGCUCUUCGUCUUACUGUUCGUUGCCGUCAUUGUCAUUGUUGUAACGACAAUCAAGAAAGACAAGACAGAUAAAGUAGUGACCAUAGCUAUUCCUACAUCAAAUGGAGCUUUUCAAACUUCUAUGUCAAGAGCUGAUCAGUUGGCAUGCUCCAUGCAAGCUAGUAGAGACUUAGCCUAUAGCAUUGUUCAGAAGACAACUGAUGAUACCACUGCAUAUCGAUUGGCUUCCUUUUCGAGGGAUACUACAUUCUCUGACAUAAAGACGAAAAAAAAUUUUAUGAAAUAUUUGACUGAUACGCUACAACAGCCAAACAACUAUCCAAUCAACCAAUCACAGUAA